CAAGAAGAAAAACACAAACAAACAGGAGAUGAGCACAUACUUGCGGUUCAUCGUCUCACGCAUGAAGGAGAGGGCCAUAGACCUUAAUAAGAAGGGCAAGGACAACAAGCACCCGAUGUAUCGGAGGCUGGUGCACUCGGCGGUCGACGUCCCCACCAUACAGGAGAAGGUGAAUGAAGGAAAGUACCGAAGUUACGAAGAAUUCAAAGCGGACGCUCAGCUGCUUCUGCACAACACCGUGAUUUUCUAUGGAGCAGACAGUGAGCAGGCGGACAUAGCGCGGAUGCUGUACAAGGACACCUGUCACGAGCUGGAUGAACUACAGCUUUGCAAGAAUUGCUUCUAUUUGUCAAAUGCUCGUCCUGACAAUUGGUUCUGCUAUCCUUGUAUCCCUAAUCAUGAACUCGUUUGGGCUAAAAUGAAAGGCUUUGGAUUCUGGCCUGCCAAAGUCCUGCAGAAGGAGGACAACCAGGUGGACGUCCGCUUCUUUGGUCACCACCACCAAAGGGCCUGGAUCCCAUCGGAAAACAUACAGGACAUCACGGUGAACGUGCACCGGCUGCACGUGAAGCGCAGCAUGGGCUGGAAGAAGGCUUGUGACGAGCUGGAGCUUCAUCAGCGUUUCCUUCGUGAAGGAAGGUUUUGGAAGUCUAAGAAUGAGGACCGAGGGGAGGAGGAGGCGGAGUCCAGCAUCUCGUCCACCAGUAACGAGCAGCUAAAGGUCACUCAAGAACCGAGAGCAAAGAAAGGACGACGUAAUCAAAGUGUGGAACCCAAAAAGGAAGAACCAGAGCCGGAGACCGAAGCCGUGAGUUCCAGCCAGGAGAUCCCCACGAUGCCUCAGCCGAUCGAAAAGGUUUCUGUGUCCACUCAGACCAAGAAGUUAAGUGCCUCUUCCCCACGAAUGCUGCAUCGAAGCACCCAGACCACCAGUGACGGCGUCUGCCAGAGCAUGUGCCACGACAAAUACACCAAGAUUUUCAAUGACUUUAAAGACCGAAUGAAGUCUGACCACAAGCGAGAAACGGAAAGAGUUGUGCGGGAAGCUCUGGAAAAGCUGCGCUCGGAAAUGGAAGAAGAGAAGCGACAAGCUGUAAAUAAAGCUGUAGCCAAUAUGCAGGGUGAGAUGGACAGAAAAUGUAAGCAAGUAAAGGAGAAGUGUAAAGAAGAGUUUGUAGAAGAAAUCAAGAAGCUAGCAACACAGCACAAACAACUGAUUUCUCAGACCAAGAAGAAGCAGUGGGUAAGUACCU